GCAGAGCAGGAGCUGUUGACACAAAUCCAGCCCAUGCUGGCCUCUGUGGGACAUGGCUACAACACGGCUGUGCUGCUCCGGGGCCGGGAAACAGAGGCACCCCGCUUUGUACCUCAGGUCCUGCAGGUGCUGUUUGAGGAGGCUCUGCCCGUGGGCAGCUCUCCUCCUGCGCUCUGCACUCUCAGUCUGGUGCAGGUUAGCCCAAGUGGGCAGACUCGGGACCUGCUCUCCUCUCGUCUGGAGGACCUGCCAGUACUGGAUGUGGCCCCUCUGGGCUUGGUGGUGAAAGAUGCCUGCGAAGUGGAGGUGUCUGACGCCCGAGCUGCCUCUGAGCUGUACCUGAAGGCUGCUGGGCAUGAAGGCAGAGCCUGCCCCCUGCUGCGAGUGCUGGCUGGUGAGGCUGCUGGGGAGGAAGAGGGUUCUCUGCCCUGGAUUGUGUCCUGGCUCCUGGAGGGGAACAGCUACAGUAGCUUACUUCUUCGUCUGGACCCACACGGUAGCUUCCCAACUCUGCUCCAGGCCGCUCUGUUGGGGGCCUCAGGAAAGAGGGUGCAGGUGCGAGAGGUGAGGCCCACCUUGUGGAACCCAGUAGAGGAGAUGAGGGCCCGUAGAGCCACUCUGAGGGCACUGCGUUUAGUCCUCCUUGGAGACACCUUGACAGAUGGUGGGUUGAACCAAUUUGGAAGGGCCCUCUGGGAGCUACAGGUGGUAAAAUCCAGGGGACCAAGAAGCCAUAUACCCAAAGGGGUUAGAGCUGAGGCUGUGGGGCUCCAAGAGCCAAAGGUGAAAGGCGAGCCACUGAGCUACAGUAAGCAGGGAAGACAUUUUGCUCAUUUGUCAGAGGCAGGAAGAAGAGGAUUUUUAGGGUCUCGGCUCCACCAAACACAUCCUCUCAGGCACUCUAAGGAACAGUCCCACCAGGCCCCAGAUGUGGCCCUGCAGUUCUUUCUGGCCCAGGCUCAGAGGCAGAGACUUCGAGAGCAGCACCAGAUUUGGAUCCAGGAAGAGCUGAAGCUCGUAGGACAUCAGGAGGAUGCAGCCUGUAAAGGGAUCAAAGGAAUGUUGGCGGGAGAGGCUUGUGAGGAGAGAGAGACACAACGGAAGGGGCAGGCAGCGCUGAAGCUUCAGGUGGCAGCCCUGCAGGCGGAGCGAGACAUGGCAGAGUGUGAUCUGGCGGCCCUCUAUGACGUGUGUGUACGGUCCACCCGAGCUCGGACACGCCACUUGCUGCAGGUUUUCCAAGCCUGGCAGGGGCUAUGGGAGGAGAAGGCAGUGGCCACAGAACACCAUCACCGCAGUCUGCUGGCCGCAGUCCUCCAAGACACCAUUGAUCUGGCCCUGAAGACCCAGGAGCUGCAGGCCAGGAACCAGCAGCUUGAGCAGAGUGCAGGCAGGGCCGGUUGUGCUGAAGCUUUGCCUGGAGAGGAACCCGAUCAGGGACACUGUGGGGCUACUUUCCUUUGUCCUCGUUCAUGAGGACCACACAGGGAGAAGGUGGGGCAAUUCAGCCAGGAUGGCCCUCUGAAAGGUUCAGGAAUUACACUGGCCUGCCCUGUUACCUGGCAGGAUACACUCAGGCAACACUCUGGCCAGCCCAGAGUUCUGUGAGAACCACGCAGGUGCAAAGGACCCCUUUAAAGGA